AUGAGUUACAGUGAUUCAAGGUCCCAAUCAAACAAUAGCAGUAGUCAGGAUGCAACGUCGGGGAAACUACAAUACACAGAAAGUGAUGAUGAAGGAAGUGACGAAUAUUGCAAGGGUGGAUACCACCCUGUGAAGAUUAAUGAAAUAUAUAACAACCGGUAUAGAAUAGAAGGGAAAUUAGGAUGGGGUCAUUUUUCAACCGUUUGGGUUGCUACAGACUUAAAAAGUAAACCAUUAAAAUUUGUUGCCAUCAAAAUUCAGAAAGGGUCCGAAUCAUUUGGAGAGUCAGCCAAAUGUGAAAUCAACUAUUUAAAAACGGUUAAGGCAAAUUCUUUUGAUUCGUCUUGGGUAGAAUUAAAAGAGCAUCAAAGGGAAAGGCUCUUUCAUUAUAAUAUGACAAAGGGAGUUGUUUCCUUUAUUGACAGCUUUGAGCAUAAAGGACCAAAUGGUACCCACGUUUGUAUGGUGUUUGAAUUUAUGGGACCCAAUUUAUUAUCCCUCAUUAAACACUAUGAUUAUAAAGGGAUCCCAUUAAACUUAGUUCGAAAAAUUGCCACACAUGUCCUAAUAGGGCUACAAUAUUUGCACGAUGUUUGUAAAAUUAUACAUAGUGAUAUAAAGCCCGAAAACGUUUUAGUAUCUCCCCUGUUGAAUAUUCCCAGACCAAGGGACUAUAGCAAAGAUGAUGAUGCGAAAAAUGGCCUUGUUAAAAAGGGAGAAAAGGAAACAGCAGAGGGUGGUGCUGUUGGUGGUCAUUCCGACGGUACUGACAAUGAUGAAGAUGGGGAAGAUGACCAGUCAUCGUGCCCGAGCGAGGUGAAAGAUAAACACGAAUGGGACAAUGUAGAUUUUAACAAAUUAACCAAACAGGAAAAGAAAAAAUUAAGAAGAAAAAAAAAAAUUCUUAAAAAGGAACGAUUAAAAGUGGAAGCGCAGAAGAAGGAGAAGCAAACCGGUGAGCAGAUGACUGUAGGCAAUUCACACCAAAAUGAAAAUCACGACAAACAGAGCAACACCGAAACGCAAGUUGCGACAUUAACCGUGGGUAGAGACACAUCAAACGACAACAGACAUUUUAAGAAGGAAGAUAACGAACAUUCCAACAAUGCAAACCAGAUGAAUGUGGAACAUGUGUUAAAAGGUGAAGAAUUGAACAGCGACAACCUCAACAAUGUGGAUAGUCAUAAUCUCGCAAACCCAAACUUCUCCCUCAAUGGCAUGAAAGGAAGCAGCUCCAUUCAGGCUACCGCCUCAGAGGAAGCACUAACCUGUAAUAGCAAAGGCGCAUCCGGAGAUAAUGCUAAAAAUGGUGAACAAAAUAAUGUAAAGAACGAACUAGACGUUGACGGGAACAACAGUAACAACUGUUGCAAUUCGAACCCGCAGAUGCCGUCCAACUCGGAUCCGUCCCUACUCACUAGUUACAACAACAUACAUGCCCUCCAGGAAUCGCUAAUGAGGAGGCCCUAUCAUUAUAACAAUUAUUUUUUGUAUAAUCCGGAGAAGUACGGAGAUGACAGUGACUACUUGAAGAAGAACACGUUGGAGGAUAGUGACCGCGAUAAGGACUUCGACGACGAGCGAGACGAUCAACAUGAUGAAGACCACCAAGAAGAGCAGACGCGAAAAAGCGAUGCGAGUGACGGCGGAAAAUCUGUAGAAUUCUUAGCAAAGGAUUUUAAUAAAAUCCCCAUCUACUGUGACAUGUUCAAUCAUCUAAUGCAUCCAGAAGCCAUGAAAAUACACGACAAGUAUAAAGAGAAAAAAAAAGGAAAGUAUGCAAAAACGUGUAAGGAUAACACACAGGAGAAUAACAAAAGCGGUCAUAAAGUUGUUUACAUCAAAACAGAGGAGGGAGACUAUCGUAUUAGACCCUACGAUCCAACUGUCUAUUACCAUGAAAAGGCAUGUUACAAAAUCUGCGAUUUAGGAAACAGUCUUUGGGUUGAUGAAUCAAGGUAUGCAGAAAUACAAACAAGGCAAUAUAGAUCCCCAGAGGUAAUACUAAAAAGCGGUUUUAACGAAACUGCCGACAUAUGGUCCUUUGCAUGUAUGAUAUUUGAACUAGUAACUGGAGACUUCCUAUUUAAUCCGCAAAAAUCAGAUAGAUAUGAUAAAAAUGAAGAACACUUAAGUUUUAUGAUUGAAGUGUUGGGGAACAUUCCAAAAUAUAUGAUCGACACAGGGUUCAAUUCUCAUAAAUAUUUUAAUAAAAAAACGUAUAAACUGAAAAAUAUAAAAAAUAUUAAGAGGUACGGAUUGUACAAAAUAUUUAAGUACAAGUACAACAUACCAGAAAAAGAAAUUAAUCCCCUGUGUAGCUUCUUACUGCCUAUGCUUGCCAUGGACCCUCAGAAGAGACCCUCGGCAUACACUAUGCUCCAGCACCCUUGGCUCAAUAUGGUAGGAGUGGAAGAGGAAGAAAUGCACAUGAAGAAUAGAUCCUACUCCUUCAACAGCAUGAGUGUCAAAAACAACGCCAAUUAUGAGGGCCACGAAUACACUAAGGAAAAUUAUCACAACGAAAAUUAUAACGGCGCGAAUCAGCACACGGACAAAAGCAUAAAUUCGUCCAACAAGCACAACAACGCGCAGGAGAAUUUGAAGGGCCAGCAGAACGAUGCGCUAAUGGGGCAAUUCGAGGAAGAGUUAUGUAAAAGCGAGGGGGAAGAAGACGAAGAGGAGGAAGAAGAAUACAAUGAAGAGGACGAAGAGGGGGACGACGACGAUGAAGAGGAGGAAGAAGAUGAGGAUGAAGAAGAAGGGGACGACGAAGAAGAAAAUUACAAUAGCGAACCUGAGUAUGGUUUUUCCUACAAAAAUAAUAACACCCAUAACGGAAUGGAGAACAAGGCAACCACACUCAAAUACGACAAUCUGUAUCAAAAAAAAAAUAAGUUACAAGGAAAAUCGAAAUAUAAAAAUACAAACGCAGGGAACAUCCCUGAUUCGUUCAUCAACACGGAGGAUUAUAUGUUCCACAAUGAAAACAUGCCCCACAUUACAUACAAUAAUGCAAAUAAUAAAAACUUCACGAAAAAUGCGCCACAGUACCAAAGCCUCCAAAUGAGGAAUUAUGACAAAAUGAGUGGUCAUAGAUUCAACGACGAAGUCGGGAAUUCAGAAGAGGAUGGAGAUUAUCAUCACUACUAUGAGCACCCAGGGAAGUACAAAUACGACGAGGGGGAAGAAGAGGAAGAGGACGAAAUGGAAGAUGAGGAGGACGAGGAUGACGACGAUGAGGAGGACGAGGAGGAAGAAGAAGAAGAAGAGGAGGAGGAUGACGUAACGGAUGAGGAAAAAUACGAGGAGGAAGAAGAACACCGUGAAGGCGAAUAUCACCCCCAGAAUGAGAAACCAAAAAAAAGGCACAAUAAUCAUCACAAAAGGGUUGACAAUAGUAAUUCCCAAAACGACUGCGAUGAAAAUAAUUUCUGCGAUGAUGAAAGCGAAGUAUAUUAUGAAGGGGGGGAGGACUCCUCGCUCCUUACUGGAAAAGGACAGUCAAAGAAAAUAGGAAUUGAAAAACAGACAGGACAUAGAGAAGUAUUAAUCCCCAUAAAACCAAAGGACUUCCUCAAAGUUGCUAUCCCUAAUGAAAAGGCAAAAUUAAGAGACCAACUAGCGACAUCGAGUAGCCCCAAUUUUAAUGACAAUGCAAAAAACGAAUCAACCGAAAUAGAGGAGGAUAGCACUUCGUCCAAAAUUUUCAGUAGCGUCGUGAUGAGUUGUAGUAGCACGGGCCAAAAUGUGGACAAGUUUGACAAGACCGAUCAAGAAGAAAAACAGCUAUUGGAAGGGAACGCACCGGGACCAGAGCGAGAUAAUGAAAGUCAAGUGCUUGAUGAUAGCCAGGAUGAGGACAAGACCAAUAAAAUAAAUUGCAAAGUCAUCAACAAAAAGCCGUUCUGUGCCUUUUCCUAA